ACCGAUAGACGAAAUAAGAGAGGGCGCAUUUGCAUAUAUCCUUAUGCCUGCCUAUCCAUCCUUUUCUUCCCCAUUCGCAUCGCUUCCGCUUCUAUGCUCUACUGAUGCUAAUGUGAGUGUUGGGUCUUUUUAGUACAUCUCCAUCACUCAUUCCCGCCUCUUCGAAUAGGCUCUGAGAAACAGCAUUUCCAAAUAUAUUUUUGGUUGAUUGCGAAACAUUCUGCUAAAGCGGUUUGUUCUUCGGUUAAUUUAGUGUAGACAAACAACAUUUGGGUCUUCUGGAGAGUAAAUGGCCGAUCAAAGAGGAGCGAGGAUCCUUAAACGAUCCAGCACUUUGUCAAUAAUUCAACUAAUUAAUUCUGCUUCAACAACCUCUCAUUGCCUUGUUCACAGAUAGGCUACUAGAGCCAAUUUUGAUUUUUGAAAAAUCUAAAAAUAGAUUCUGAAUACAAUACAUUAUUUAGUAAGACUCAAAUAACAAGGACCGAGCAUAGCCUAUCUAUUAAAACCAAGUUAGCAACGAAACCUGCCUGUGAAGCCUAUUCCUGAAAAACGCUUAGGAAAGCUGAUGCGUCUCCAAGAUCCAGCGCAUCGACGUAGCCUACGGAGCACCAUUGAGUGUUCUUUGGAAGUGACAGGCUACAGUGUUUUGCCGUGCCAUAUUGUAUACGGAGAAGGAGUCGAAGAAGAAUAGGAGGCAGAUGAUAUUGGGCAGCAAGAAGAAAACCUGCGUGUCCCCUGCCAUUCCCAAGAGCUAAGGGUGAUGAUCUGUUAAGACCACCAGUUUCUUACUCCCUGUUGGCAGCAGCACUGUUCAGGGGUGUCUGUUGAGACGUUGGAUGUGAAGUGGACUGAUCUCUGGAGCCAGCUGACUCGAAUGUCCGGACGCCGUCAUGUUACACACCCGCAUUCUGAGCCUUGCCCACCCCUCCUCCUCCUGCCUCGCCACUUCCCUCUUCCUCCUCUUCCUCCUGGGGCUCACCCACCUCUCCCAGGCCGGCUCAGACCAUGCACCAUCCAGCAGCCCACCCAGCAACUGCUCCGAUGGAGACCCCUGCUCUGAGGGCGUGGUCCUGCCCAUGUGGAACCCUCAGAACCCGUCGGUUGGUGACAAGGUGGCGCGGGCCAUCGUCUACUUCGUGGCUCUCAUCUACAUGUUCCUGGGCAUGUCCAUCAUCGCUGACCGCUUCAUGUCUUCUAUUGAGGUCAUCACCUCUCAGGAGAAAGAGAUCACCAUCAAGAAGCCCAACGGAGAGACCACCACAGCCACCGUACGCAUCUGGAACGAGACAGUAUCCAACCUGACACUGAUGGCCCUAGGCUCGUCUGCCCCAGAGAUCCUGCUGUCUGUCAUCGAGGUGUGUGGCCACUCGUUUGAGGCAGGCUCCCUAGGCCCCAGCACCAUCGUGGGCAGCGCAGCCUUCAACAUGUUCGUCAUCAUCGCCCUCUGUGUGUAUGUGGUGCCAGAGAACGAGACACGCAGGAUCAAGCACCUGAGGGUGUUCUUUGUCACGGCAGCCUGGAGCAUUUUUGCCUACAUCUGGCUCUACCUGAUCCUGGCUGUCAUCUCCCCGGGGGAGGUAGAGGUGUGGGAGGCCGUGCUCACCUUCAUGUUCUUCCCCAUCUGUGUGGUUCAGGCCUGGGUCGCGGACCGACGCCUGCUCUUCUACAAGUACAUCCACAAGCGUUACCGUGUCGACAAGGCCCGCGGCGUCAUCAUUGAGACGGAGGGAGACUGCAUGUUCACCAAGAUGGACAUGGAGAUGGAUGGCCAGAGGGGCAACUCCCACCCCAAGGAGGUGCUGGACGGCAUGCUGGAGGGGGUGGAAGAGGGCGGGGGGAUGGGCUCAGAGGAGGAUGAAGCUCGGAGGGACAUGGCCCGCACUCUGAAGGAGCUGAAACAGAGGCACCCAGACAAGGACACGGAGCAGCUGAUUGAGAUGGCCAACUACCAGGUUCUGGUCCAGCAGCAGAAGAGCAGGGCCUUCUACCGCAUCCAGGCCACACGCAUGAUGAUCGGUGCUGGGAACAUCCUGAAGAAGCAUGCUGCCGACCAGGCCAGGAAGGUGGUGAGCUGCCAUGAGGCCAGUGGACAGGAGGAGGAUCCCCACACGAUCUACCUGCAGUUUGAACCCUCCCACUACCAGUGCUUCGAGAACUGUGGCUCGCUCAAGCUGUCUGUUGGGCGCCAUGGGGGCGAAAGCGGCUGCACAGUCAAGGUGGACUACCGGACCGAGGACGGCACAGCCAAUGCUGGCUCAGACUAUGAGUUUGCUGAGGGCACGCUAGUCUUCAAACCCGGUGAGAUGCUGAAGGAGCUGACCGUGGGGGUUAUUGAUGACGACAUCUUUGAAGAGGAUGAGCACUUCUACGUGCACCUCCGCAACCCUCGCAUCGUGCACCAUGCCGAGGUGGCUAUCCUGGAGCCCAGCACCAUCACCACCACCAGCAGCAUGCGCAACUUGCCCCCCAAGGCCGCCCUGGGCAAUGCCCACACCGCCACGGUAACCAUCUAUGACGAUGACCACGCAGGCAUCUUCACGUUUGAAGUAGAUUCGAUGAGGGUGAGCGAGAGCGUGGGCACCAUGCAGGUGAAGGUGCACCGGAUGUCCGGGGCCAGGGGUAAAGUGGCCAUACCCUACCACACCCUGGAGGGCACCGCCAAGGCUGAGGAGGACUACGAGGAGGUAGCUGGGAAACUGGAGUUCCAGAACGACGAGACCAUGAAGCUGUUGGAGGUGAAGGUCAUUGAUGAUGAGGAGUAUGAGAAGAACAAGACCUUCAUCAUCCAGCUGGGCGAGCCUGUGCUGCUGGAGAUCGGACGGAAACAUGGAGACUCCAAUGAGAACAAGCCAGCCAAUGAUGAGGAGGAGGUGUCCAAGAUGGGCUGUCCCAGCCUGGGAGAACACACCAAGCUGGAGGUGGUGAUAGAGGAGUCCUACGAGUUUAAGAACACAGUGGAUAAGCUGAUUAAGAAGACUAACCUUGCUCUGGUGGUGGGCAGCAGUAGCUGGAGAGAGCAGUUUGUCAAUGCUGUCACUGUCAGUGCAGGGGAUGAUGAUGAGGAGGAGAGUGGGGAGGAGCGCCUGCCAUCCUGUUUCGACUACAUCAUGCACUUCCUCACAGUGUUUUGGAAGGUUCUGUUCGCCUUUGUCCCGCCCACAGAGUACUGGAAUGGCUGGGCCUGCUUCUUUGUGUCCAUCUCCCUGAUUGGUGUUCUGACGGCUGUGACCGGGGACCUGGCCUCUCAUUUUGGCUGCACAGUAGGGCUCAAGGACUCUGUCACUGCCGUAGUAUUUGUGGCUCUGGGGACUUCCGUUCCAGACACCUUUGCCAGUAAAGUGGCGGCCAUCCAGGACCAGUACGCUGAUGCCUCCAUCGGCAACGUAACGGGCAGUAAUGCGGUGAACGUGUUCCUGGGCAUCGGCGUGGCAUGGACCAUCGCGGCUGUCUACUGGAAGACCAAGGGCAAGAAGUUUCUUGUAGAGACUGGCUCGCUGGCCUUCUCCGUCACCCUGUUCACCAUCAUGGCGUUUGUGUGUGUCCUGGUGCUGAUGUACCGCCGCCGGGCCGGCGUGGCAGGGGGAGAACUGGGGGGCCCACGGACAGCGAAACUCCUCACCUCCCUCUUCUUCUUCUCCCUCUGGUUCCUCUACAUCAUGCUGGCCUCCCUGGAGGCCUACUGCCACGUGCCAGGCUUCUGAGAGAGAGAGCGAGAGGGAGAGGGAGCGAGAGGGAGAGGGAGCGAGACAGAGAGAGAGAGAGCGAGAGGGAGAGGGAGCGAGAGGGAGCGAGAGAGAGAGAGAGAGAGCGAGAGAGAGAGAAAGUGGAGAAAGCUUGUCUCCUAUUGUUUACAUGUCUAUCCCUCUCAUUUUGGUGUACAGUGGCUUGCGAAAGUAUUCACCCCCCUUGGCAUUUUUCCUAUUUUGUUGCCUUACAACCU